AUGGAGAAUGAAAAAAAGCUUACAAGAAAACCACAUGCUAUCAUGGUAGCAAUCCCUGCCCAAGGUCAUCUGAACCCUUUUGUCCACUUAGCUCUCAAGCUUGCUUCUAAGGGCUUUACCGUCACUUUUGUUCAAAUUAAAUACGUACACGAACUCGUAUCAAAAUCCCACAACCGUAACGAAGACGAUAUUUUUGCCGAAGCGCGUGAUUCGGGCCUCGACAUACGUUACACGACGAUAGGUGAUGGCUUUCCCAUUGAAUUCGACAGGUUGCAAAAUUACGUGGAGUAUUGGGAGUAUCUAUUGAGCGGUUUCUCUUCUCUUGUCGAUGAAGUUGUUGGAAAAAUAAUCGAGUCGUGUGAUCGGUUUUCGUCACCAUUGUUGGUCACCGAUACCGUUUACGCGUGGCCGGGAGUAAUUGCAAAGAAGUACGGCAUAGUGAAUGUCUCCUUCUGGACCGAGCCGGCCUUAGUGUUUGCUACCUGUUAUUUUUGGGAGCUUCUAAGAGAAAACGGACAUUUUCCACCUAAAGACAAUCACGAACAAGACAUAACUUACAUUCCCGGCAUCGAGUCGAUCAACACCAAGGACUUGAUAUCGAUUUAUCACGAGGCCGACACCACUACAAUCGUCCACAAAGUUCUUUUCAAGGCAUUCGAAGAGGUUAAGAAGGCGGAUUUCAUCCUACACAACACGGUCCAAGAACUCGAAUCCCACACCCUAUCGACCCUCAACGAAAACCAACCGACAUACGCGAUAGGCCCGAUCAGUUUCUCAACCGAGCUACCAAACAUUAAUAUCCCCAAGAGCAUGCACCCCGAAACCGAAUGCAACCAAUGGCUUGCCUCCAAGACUCGUAGCUCGGUUCUAUACAUCUCGUUCGGCAGUGCCGUCCACAUCGAUAAGCGUGUGAUUGAGGAAAUCGCUCGAGGGGUCAUCACGAGUGGAGUGGAUUUUAUUUGGGCCAUGAGACCAAAAAUCCUAAGCUCGAAUGAUGAAACGCGCGUUCUACCAGUCGGGUUUGAGGAUGAAGUUAAGGGCAGAGGGUUGAUCGUGCCUUGGUGUAAUCAAAUGGCCGUGCUUUCACACGAGGCAGUCGGGGGGUUUCUGACGCACUGUGGGUGGAAUUCGAUACUCGAGAGCAUAUUUUGUGGUGUGCCGAUGAUUUGCUACCCGGUUUUGUACGACCAACCCACUAAUCGAAAACUAGUGGUCGACGAUUGGAAAAUCGGGAUCAAUCUAUGUGAUGGAGGGGAACCGGUUAGAGGCGAAGGGGUUGGGGUUAAGAUUAAGAAGUUGAUGAGUGGGGAAACAUCGAAUUGUAUGAGGAAUGAGAUGAAGAAGAUUAGGAACAUAAUGCGUGGUGCUUUGGGUGAAAGUGGGUCUUCCAAGAUAAAUUUAGAUCAAUUUCUCAAGGAUUUGGAAGAGAAAAUGAAUAACCGGAAAAUGGGGAUUAAUAUUAAUUAA